UAUAAGCCACAAACUUCUCACUUCUCACUUCUCACAUAUCACAUCUCACCAUAACCUACCCUAUCUCCCCCCACAUGGACAAUACACACCGCAAGAAUAAGCCCUCCUCCGGCGAUUCCUUCUCCUUCCCAAGCACUCCCACUCCGGACUCGGCAGACUUCGAGUUCGGCGCCUUGACGCCGGACUCGACUUCUGCCGAGCCCUGGACGGCCUCCCCGGCCGACCACCUCUUCCUAAACGGCCACCUCCAGCCCCACUCCUUCCCCGUCCCCGCCAGCCGCACCGGCAGCGCGAAGGACUCGUUGUUCUCCUCGCGGAGCAACAGUAGUAACAGCAGUAGCAGCAGCGCUAGAACAAGCUCUAGCGAUAGCUCAGAGCGAAAAUUGUUCCACAACAAGGUCAAGAAUGGUGCACUUAGGUCAUCAAUGACACCAUCACAUUAUCAAGCAUAUGGAUGCUCUCAGAGGUGGCAGUAUAUAACACCGGUGCCGGCGUUGAACCGUGAGGGUUCGGUUAAAAGAAGAAGGGACAUAAAGCAAGUGAAGAAGAAGAAGGAAGAAGGCACCAAAAGGAGCCAUAUCAAUAAUAAAAAUAACAAUAACAAGGAGAACAAGAAUAAGAAGAAGAGUAAGAAAGAGAUGGUGAAUAAGGGAAUGAGGUUGAGGUUUGGAAGAAGGAUUUUACGGUGGUUUGUGAUGGCUUGUAGAGAAUGUCAUGCCAUGGAACCGUCCGUGAUAAAGAGAUGUGAUGAUGUUGCUCCAAGAAAAUGUGAAUAGUUUAGCUUCUGCAACUUUUGCUUAGUUCUUUUUUUUUUUUUCUUCUGUUUUUUAUUUUACGUAUAUGGGAGUUUGUGGAGAUAUACGUGAAUGUGAUAUAAAUAUAUAUAAUAGGAUUUGUGCAUGUGGUUGCCACAUGAAAUUGUUUAUUUUGCUUGUUGAUGCAAACAACGAUGGACUUGGUUUUGGAUCUCCGAGAAAUUAUGAACAAAAGAGUGGUUUGAACUUUGAAUUUGACCAUUGAAGAGUAUUUUGCCUUGGAUUGUGUGUGCCGUGUAAUUGAUUAGUCAUAUAUUAUUGGUAUUGUCUAACUAUUAGCCUAUUACCUAACUAAU